CCCGAAUGCUUGAAGCGCUCGACAGCGUGUGUCGAUUUCGAUACCGUCCGGUUACGGGAAGCAGUCAGUCUCUCUGUUCAUUCCACCGGAUUAACAAGUCAAUUUUCAAACAGCUUACUUCCAGUAUCAAAUAAACCGGCCUAACCAUGGAUGAUGGUGCUGCAUCCACUGGCGUCAUUGUGAAGAACAAGCCGGGCGCAAAGCCGCUGAACAUCGUCGAUGACUUUAACCGCCGCAAGAUGCCGCUGUACAAGCACUGGGUUCGCCCACAAUUCUUGCAAUACAACUACAUGUACGACUAUCGCGUAAACUACUACGACGACGUCAUCGAUUAUCUGGACCGGCGAUCACGGGGCGUUGCAUCGGAAAUUCCUCGCCCCCAGACCUGGGCCGAACGUGUCCUGAGAACCCAGAAGAACACCACACGCGACAUCAACGAUGUGUACAGCUACACCAGCAUCAGCCACAAGAAGGACGACAAGAAGCUUAUGUACACGCUAAGUAAUCAGAUCAAGUCGUACAACUGCCACUCGAAGGCUUACACUAACAGAAAGUACCGCAAGAUCCUCUAAAAUGCGUUCACUUUUGCUUUUUUGGCGGCCCCAAAACCCACCCCUAAACACCGAGAGAAAAAAACAAAAACCGCCCCUCACACCCGUCGGUACAUAAAUUGCUCAAAGCUUAAUUAAAAUGACAGAGGAAUACAAUGCCAAUCUCGGACCAACUUUUUCACGCUAAAUUUGUGCUUUUUUUACUGAAUGAAUGAAAUUAUCAUCCCUCGCAAAUAAAAAUGCUUCCGCUUGUUUAGCUUACGAGCUGCAGUUUUCAAAAAGUUUGUAUAAAAUGCUCUAAAGAGACCAAAAAUAACCACAAAAAAACUCCAUCUCGCAUAUGGAAAAAAUAACAAAAAAAAAGAUGAAGAAAUAACUAAAACCGAACAAAACGAACCUGUCCUUAUCGCAGAAUGCACACGCCCAGCAACACAGAGAGACUCGAAACGAAAACGAAACGCCUUGCUACUCGCCCUAUUUCAGCCCUUUGCCCACACCUUUACCCAACCCACCCCAUGCGACACUAUCCCAACGAUCCCUUUCCAAGGUCCUCCUUUCGAAGUUUGCUGUUAACGCUGCAGAGCCCUUGGGGGAAAAAAAAAGUUCGACAGGGCAACCCCGUCCCUUUUACACACUCGAAAAAGCAAUGCAAAACGACACCCGUAAACAGUAACAGGGUUAGGGCUUGCUUUGCUUUAUUGCCUCCAUUAUUACGCGUAGGUUACAGUGUUAAGGUGUGUUUGUGUGUGUGGUAGGCCUGACAUUUUUGUACUUCAAAAGCAGAGCUUUAUUUCGAGUUUUAUUUCACAGAAGUUAUAUAAUUUUUAUCCCUCCUCCCCGAAGUUACCUCUCUCCUUCUUGUUCCCUUACGUACGGCUAAGUAAGUUAAUGCGCGCGACAAUGUAAAAACCUGACAAAUGAAAUGCAACGCUCACGAGCUCACGUGCAUCACAGUAGGGUGGGAAAUGGUUUCUCAACCUCCCUCCAAACCCAUACUGUUUACACGACCUCGAGAUGUGGAGUGUUUUUAUUUCUUUUAUUAUUUGCUUUGUAAUUAUUGCUUUUUAUUGUAGUUUGCAGCAUUGUUUCGCCUGGUUUUGGAGUUUGCAUAACAAAUAAAAGCAGUGUUGACAGACGGACUAUACA